CAUCUCUUAUCCCUUGCCCCUGAUUUUUACUUUGAAUGGAGGGUAUAGAUGGCAAGAGGGAGGGCCGGCAUGGGCAGAGAAGUUGAGCAAAAGUAUUAUGUGUUGGGUAGGGCCAUACUGCUCAGAGGAAGGCAGCAGCUAAAAAGGGUGAGGUGAAGAGGAACUGAAGCUUAUGUAGAGGUUUUAACGAGGAGGCAACGCUUAGACUGAGUUUUGAAGGAGGAGGAGGAGCCCAGGCCAGAGGGAAAGCAAGUUUUACCUAGAGGUGCAUACGUCUAGAAAGGCACAGAGAUUUGGAGACUCACUGGUUGAACGCAGGUACUUGGUAUGGCUUUGGCACAGAGUAAGGGUAAUUGUAGGUCAAGGAGAAGUGGUUGGAAAGAUGGGGUAGGUCCAGAUCAGAAUUUGGACUUUAUUCAUAGGUUGUGUAUUCUGUUGAGCAUGAUAAUCAAAUUUGUGAACUUUGGAAAGAUCACUCUGAAAGUGUGUGGGAGGCAGGGCAAGACUAGAGACAGGCAAACUACUUUGGCGUUGUUAACAAUGGUUCAGACCUAAAAUGAGAGGUUAGACUAGGGGGUGUCCUGGGGAUGAAGAGGAGGAGCUAGAGUUGAAAGAUACUCAGGAGGUGGAGGGGCGCCUGGGUGGCUCAGUCAGUUAAGCAUUGGACUCCAUCUCAGCUCUGGUCUUGAUCUCAGGGUUGUGAGUUGAAGCCCUGCUUUGGGCUCCACGCUGGGCAUGGAGCCUACUUAAAAAAAGUUCAGGAGGUGGAACUGACAGGGUUUAGGAGGUACAGAGUAAGGGACAGAGAAGACAGGGAUGGUAAGGGUCAAGGCAUUUGGAUGAAUGGAAGUUCGUACCUGAGGUAGAGAACAAGGAAGGAGGAACAGAAAUGAGGAAAACAGAACUCUAUUUUAAUAACCUCUCAAAACAAAAGAAACAAGUCAUGGAGAAGAAUGGGAAUAACAGAAAGCUUCGGGUUUGCGUUGCUACUUGCAACCGUGCUGAUUAUUCUAAACUUGCCCCGAUCAUGUUUGGCAUUAAAAUGGAACCUGAGUUCUUUGAACUUGAUGUGGUGGUACUUGGCUCUCACCUGAUAGAUGACUACGGGAACACAUACCGCAUGAUUGAACAAGAUGACUUUGACAUUAACACCAGGCUACACACAAUUGUUAGAGGGGAAGAUGAGGCAGCCAUGGUGGAAUCAGUGGGCUUGGCCCUAGUGAAGCUACCAGAUGUCCUUAAUCGCUUGAAGCCUGAUAUCAUGAUUGUUCAUGGAGACAGGUUUGAUGCCCUGGCUCUGGCUACAUCUGCUGCCUUGAUGAAUAUCCGAAUCCUUCAUAUUGAAGGUGGGGAAGUCAGUGGGACCAUUGAUGAUUCUAUCAGACAUGCCAUAACAAAACUGGCUCAUUAUCAUGUAUGCUGCACCCGAAGUGCAGAGCAACACCUGAUAUCCAUGUGUGAGGACCAUGACCGCAUCCUUCUGGCGGGCUGCCCUUCCUAUGACAAGCUUCUCUCUGCCAAGAACAAAGACUACAUGAGCAUCAUUCGGAUGUGGUUAGGUGAUGAUGUAAAAUCUAAAGAUUACAUUGUUGCACUACAGCACCCUGUGACCACUGACAUUAAGCAUUCCAUAAAAAUGUUUGAAUUAACAUUGGAUGCGCUUAUCUCAUUUAACAAGCGGACCCUAGUUCUGUUUCCAAACAUUGAUGCAGGGAGCAAAGAAAUGGUUCGAGUGAUGCGGAAGAAGGGCAUUGAGCAUCAUCCCAAUUUCCGUGCAGUUAAACAUGUCCCAUUUGACCAGUUCAUACAGUUGGUUGCCCACGCUGGUUGUAUGAUUGGGAACAGCAGCUGUGGAGUACGAGAGGUUGGAGCUUUUGGAACACCUGUGAUCAAUCUAGGAACACGUCAGAUUGGAAGAGAAACAGGGGAGAAUGUCCUUCAUGUCCGGGAUGCUGAUACCCAAGACAAAAUACUGCAAGCAUUGCACCUUCAGUUUGGUAAACAAUACCCUUGUUCAAAGAUCUAUGGGGAUGGAAAUGCUGUUCCGAGGAUUUUGAAGUUUCUUAAAUCUAUUGAUCUUCAGGAGCCAUUACAAAAGAAAUUCUGCUUUCCUCCUGUGAAGGAGAAUAUCUCUCAAGAUAUUGACCAUAUUCUUGAAACUCUAAGUGCCUUGGCUGUUGAUCUCGGUGGGACGAACCUCCGAGUUGCAAUAGUCAGCAUGAAGGGUGAAAUUGUUAAGAAGUAUACUCAGUUCAUUCCUAAAACCUAUGAAGAGAGGAUUAAUUUAAUCCUACAGAUGUGUGUAGAAGCUGCAGCAGAAGCUGUAAAACUGAACUGCAGAAUUUUGGGAGUAGGUAUUUCUACGGGUGGCCGUGUAAAUCCUCGGGAAGGAAUUGUGCUGCACUCAACCAAACUGAUUCAAGAAUGGAACUCCGUGGACCUCAGGACCCCCCUCUCUGACACCUUGCAUCUCCCCGUGUGGGUGGACAAUGAUGGCAAUUGUGCUGCCCUGGCGGAAAGGAAAUUUGGCCAAGGAAAGGGCCUGGAAAACUUUGUGACACUUAUCACAGGCACAGGAAUUGGUGGGGGCAUCAUCCAUCAGCACGAGCUGAUCCACGGAAGCUCCUUCUGUGCUGCAGAACUUGGCCAUCUUGUUGUGUCUCUGGAUGGGCCUGAUUGUUCCUGUGGAAGUCAUGGAUGUAUUGAAGCAUACGCCUCUGGAAUGGCCUUGCAGAGGGAAGCAAAAAAGCUACAUGAUGAGGACCUGCUCUUGGUGGAAGGGAUGUCAGUACUGAAAGACGAGGCCGUGAGCGCGGUCCAUCUCAUCCAAGCUGCGAAACUUGGCAACGCGAAGGCCCAGAGCAUCUUGAGAACAGCUGGAACGGCUCUGGGUCUUGGGGUUGUGAACAUCCUCCACACCAUAAAUCCCUCCCUUGUGAUCCUCUCUGGAGUCCUAGCCAGUCACUACAUCCACAUUGUCAAAGACGUCAUCCGCCAGCAAGCCUUGUCCUCGGUUCAGGAUGUGGACGUGGUGGUUUCGGAUUUGGUGGAUCCUGCCCUGCUCGGUGCCGCGAGCAUGGUUCUGGACUACACAACUCGCAGGAUCUGCUAAGCCUCUGGAGAGUGGACCUGGACCGAGACUCAGAGCUUCUUUGUGGAAUCAGGUUGUCUUUUAGACGAGCGUUUCUUAAAAAGCAGUUUUGGUAUUUAAAUUUGGCAUUUGGCAGGUGACUUCGGCAGUUAAUUUUUUGCUUUUAGCCUCCUCUUCCGAAGUCACCUUUCCCAGCCCUCACUUUUGUAGAUGCUGCUCUUUCUGGGGUCAUUUCCGCUCAAACCCUGUAAGUACCAGCCACAAUCUUCUGUGCCAAAGGAGCUUUGAUCGUAGACAAGGACGCCUCAGGGCUCUGCUUACCAGAUGGACCACGUAGACCUGCAGGCCUUGCCUGAGGCGGGGCCUCGAGACUGGAGUGUGGAUCACUCAUCCUUCCUCCUCUGACCCUAAACUCAGAUUGCAGAAAGGGAUCUGGUCAGGAAACAGAAGGAAAUCUCACUGUGAAAGGCUUAAGUAAAUUUUUUUAAAAACAGCUUUACUGAGGUAUUUUUAAAAAUGUACAAUUUGAUAAGCUUUGACAUAUGUAUACACCUGUGAAACCAUCACCGCAAUCAAGACAUUGGACACCUCUGUCACCCCCAAAUGUUGUUUGCUUAACGAUGUUAUUUAUUACUCUUGCAGAAUCUUGAGCAACUUUAGGGAUUUGAAUGACAGUGGCCCUGCUGACCUUGUCCUUAUCUUCUUAAGGACAGCUGAGAAGCCACUAGGACUUACAGCCUCUGAAAGGAGAUUAACCAUCCCCGAAGGAUCCUUGCUGCUGACAGACACCUCUCCCUUCAGUAACUUUUCAUGCUGAUGUUGAGUAGGACUCUGGAGUAUCUGUUAAGGCAGUGUUUGUGGAGCCCGGAUCUGUGACUCUGGAUUCGGGCUCAAUAAGAUUCUGUGCUUUCAUUGGUGUCAAGAUACAAAGGCCAAGGUUCUUGCUAUCAAUUUUAACCUAGAAGAAAUGCUAAUACCCACCAUUUAUUAAGUGCCUACUGUAUGCCAGGCUCCGAACUAGGUGCUUCAUAUAAAUUACCUUAAAUUCGCACAACCUGGGAGGUAGGUGUCCUCAUUUCCAUUUUAUACGACCCCAAACUAAGUCGUGGUGUGCUGAAGUGAUGGACCUAAAGCCAUGUGGCUAGUGAGUCUCAGAAACAGGGUUUGAUCCCAGGUCCCUCUGUGCUUUUCUGCUACGCCAUACAACCUCUCAGAUAAAAAACUUGCAAAAUGUGAAUAUAUCCUAAUUUACUUCAUGCUACCAACAACUUUAAUAAGACUGACUCACUUUGUCUUUGAUGCUGUCCCUCAAUGAUAAAUUUAAUCAAAUAUUCCUCUCUGCUGUGGACAUUUUGCCAAUACAGUAUUUGGUCUAGUGACAGGUUUUUAUGGGUACUUUUAGAUGAUCUAAACAAGCAUAUGCAUGUUUUUCAGAUUUUUAUUUUAGGAAAACCUGAAGGUUUGCAUUGUUUCAGUGUUAACAUACAAAAUAAAGUGAAAGAAUCAAUAUUGCAUUUGAACCACUUCCUUCCUGGGGUGUUCAUGUGAAAAGAUGGGUUGGCUGAUUCCUAGAAUUUCACCAGCCCUGAAAUAACCUCCAGGUCCUGGUUAUUGUUGAAAAAUUCCACAGUGAUUCCUAGGAAGGAAGCUGGUCUGCUUGGCCAUCAGCGUCCGGGGGGAGGCAGCAGACUAUGAAGGGCAUCAGUUCCUUGGCGACAUCUGUCACUGCUCUGUACACCAGAGAGUUGCAUUGCUACCAAGUUUCAUACCAAAUAUUUGGAAGGAUGGUACUAAAUCUAAAACCAAAUCUUAGUUUUUAUUAAAUUCAUGGAAAGGCUAAUAUAUUCCAAUGUAAUUAUUACAUAUAGUUAAAUCACAUAUUAAUUUAUUUUAAUGUAAAUAUUUUUAUGUUACUGUUCUGAGCCAAAUUCUAAAGAAAAAA